UCGUUGUUACCUUUCGGUGCAGUGUCAUGGCGAAUACUGGUCAGCCGUUGGCAAAUCGCCAGUGUUACAAUUGCGGACAACUCGGUCAUCUGUCUCGUUUCUGCCCUCUUCCAUAUCGUCGUUUUACUUUCUCUGCUACUCCUGCUGCUGUCCCUACCAAUCCCAGUACUGUGUUCGUUACUGUCCCUAGUACCCCUGCGGUCAACGUCCCCAUGGCUGGGGUAUCCGGCGGCUACAGUGGCUUCAACUAUGGUUACGGAGGAGGGUUGAGACCACGGGUGGAAUCGCUGGAGGCAACGGUCGUAGGUAUCAAAGCACAUCAAGAUGCGGAAAUCGCCAAGGAACAAUGCAAGAAGGAAGAAGAAGAAUGGGUUAAGAAACAGAAUGGAGAAGAGGAACGAAUGCUUCAAGAAAAGAAAGCGCGAGAGGACUUUCAGGCUGAGAUGAGGAAUGAGAUGGGAAGCAAGUUGGACGCUGUGCGGGAAUUGUUGGAAAAUAAGAAAAGUAAUAAAGAUGACGAGGCUAGCAAGCUGCGUGUCAAGAUUGAAGGUUUGCGAAUGGCGCUGCGUAACGGUCAGAGAGUGUCAACUUCCGAGAAUGUUUACGGUAAGUACAAGAGGGACUUAGAGGAGGAGAAGGCUAGAUCGGAUUGUCGACUCGCCAUGGAAGAGGAAAUUGCUAGGUUAAGGACAGUCAGUGAGGAGGCGAAUGCUGCUGCUGAUGUUUGGAGAACGGAAGCGCUACGGCCAGGUAACAAACGAGGCAGUGUCGUUGUUACCGCUACUCUGGUGCCUGGAAUGAGGACUCGAGCUCGGAUGGUAUCGACGCACUCACCUGCGAUGGAGGACCUUAAACUUAAGGAGAAGGUGGAACAUCAGGAGCACGAGAUCGAGCUCUUGAAGGAGUGGCGAUUGCGCGAACUCAACGGGAGACGACAAGCGGAACAGGUUGAACGUUUAAAAGAGAAGAUGGCGAAGCUGGCGGUGGAGCGGUCGACUCCGUUGGCGUCGAACCUGAAGACACGGUUGGACAAGGUAGCUACGACUGGGAAGAAAGGAAAGAAGCAGCUUAAUCCUGCCGUGCUGGCCGUGGAAGCCAAUGAUCGGGAUGCCUUCUUGGCAGAGACACGUAAGUUUUUGAAACCACUGAAGAAAGACAAGGUGGUGGCGUUGUGUGCUAAAGAAGGAGUUACCUAUUCCACUCUGGAUAAAACGAAGGAGGAUUUGGCGUUGAAACGGGAUGACGUGGCGUUUGGUGUGUUACGAGGAAGUACUGUCAAGAAGGGUGGUGUUGUUAUUCACGAAGUAACGGAGGGAGAGGAAGGGGGAAAGGGCAGUACCGAGGUCAACGAUGACUCGGCAACUUCAUAGUUUCGUCCCCGACCGCGUCGUGGCUUUGGAGUCUUCUUCAUUGUUGUGUUCGAAUUCGUUCGUUGUCAUGUGAUUGGUUAAGAUGUAGA